UUUUCCUGUUUCUGUACCUUCCGACUUGACGCAGUGAGUCAUUGCAGACGGUGUGACGUCACCCAGCCUCGGUCAGCUGGCCCCUCCAUCUGAACAGCAGGGAGAGAGCCUCUCCCAAAGGGAGACAUCACCAUCACGGCCCGAGUCCGACCAGGCGAGCCGCCGGAAGAGGAGGACUAAAAACAUGGAGGAGCCGGUGCUGUAGGAGGAGGGCCGUGCUGCUUAUUUAUUUAUUUAUUUACCUAUUUAUUUAUUUAUUUAUUUAUUGGUCCCUCUGACGGCGAUGGCAGGGCUCUGCUAAAGGAAACAGGUGCAUCAUCGCCAUCGACCGAGGUUCUCUUCUCCCAGCAUGGACGGCCGAACCGCGGGCCGGUGUUCAGAACACAUCCGCCGGUACCGGAGRAGCCAUACGCGGGCCGCUUCUGAGGUGUGAACCCACCCCGGCCGGCAGCUGUUMUUGGUGGUGUGGUGGGACAGGAAGGGCCCCUCUGAUCUGAAGCAGAGCACUGGAACCUGCUCUUCUGGCCGGGGCUGAAGGUUGCGCGCAAACAGCGGCGCGCGCUGAUUCUGGCGCAUCUGGGAGAAAAAGAGACGCUGUUUUGCGGGUCUGAGUGGAACAAACACUGUGACUUGUUCUGAUCGUGACACUCUCGCCUGCACCACCAGGCCUGGACACUGUAGGAGACCKGGACCCGGAUCCAGGCCGCCAGGAUGAUGGAGAUAGACGAGGUGGUGUACCAGGACGACUACGGCUCCGGCACCGUGAUGUCGGAGCGCGUGUCGGGCCUGGCCAACGGCAUCUACCGCGAGUUCGAGCGGCUCAUCCACAGCUACGACGAGGAGGUGGUGAAGGAGCUGAUGCCGCUGGUGGUGAACGUCCUGGAGAACCUGGACGCGGUGCUCACCGAGAACCAGGAGCACGAGGUGGAGCUGGAGCUGCUGAAGGAGGACAACGAGCAGCUCAUCACCCAGUACGAGCGGGAGAAACAGCUGCGUAAGCAGGCGGAGGAGAAAUUCAUAGAGUUCGAGGACACGCUGGAGGCUGAGAAGAAGGAGCUGCAGAUCCAGGUGGAGGUUCUGGAGCUGCAGGGGAAACAGUUGGAGCUGAAGGCCAAAAACUACUCAGACCAGAUCACUCGACUGGAGGAACGAGAAUCAGAGAUGAAGAAGGAAUACAACACUCUUCAUCAGCGUCAUACAGAGAUGAUCCAGACCUACGUGGAGCACAUCGAGCGGUCCAAACUGCAGCAGGCAGGAAGUAACAGCCAAUCAGAAGGGCCCGGCAGUGGACGAACUCAACGCCACACAUGGAGGAAAAGCAGCAAAGCGGAGCGCCCGCCUUCGUUGAGCCUGUACCCCAGCGGCGACGGCAUGGUACGUGGGGGUCUCGGGGGGGCUAGGAUGAUGCCCGGGAAAGACAUGUGGCAGGUCAGCGAGCUCAGCCAAUCCACCUUCAGCUCUGCCUAUCAGGAGGACGGGUCAGAGUCGGACUCGGUGGCRGUCACACCCAGCAGCACAGGCAGCAACGCCAACACGCCCACCUCCUCCGUGCCCUCUGCCACCGUCACCCCCAUCAAAGACGGCUUCUUCCCGCCCUCCGAGUUCGACAAGACGCGCUCCGGGAACCGCAGGAAAAAUGGCAAGCGUCUCAGCCGGAACAUGGAGGUGCAGGUUUCCCAGGAAACCAGGAACGUCAGCAUCGGGAUGGGCAGCAGUGACGAAUGGUCGGAAUUUCAGGAAAUUAUUGAUUCCACACCUGAGCUGGACAUGUGUGUGGAUCCUCGAGUGUACGGAGGAGGAAACAGCCCCUCUCAGGGCAUCGUCAACGAGGCUUUUGGCAUCAACACCGACUCUCUCUACCACGAGAUCAAAGACGCCAAAUCGGACAUCAUCGGGGACGUGGACGCAGGAGCCGAGCUGUUAGGCGAGUUUUCAGUUCGAGAUGAUUUCUUCGGGAUGGGAAAGGAGGUGGAGAACCUGCUGACGGAGAACAAACAGCUUCUUGAGACCAAAAACGCUCUGAAUAUUGUGAAAAAUGACCUCAUUGCCAAAGUGGACGAGCUUUCGAGCGAGCAGGAGGUGCUGAGGGAGGAGCUGGAGGCRGUGCGGCAGUCCAAGAACAAGGUGGACGCCAGGGUGAAGGAGCUGGAAGAGGAGCUGAAGAGGUUAAGAGCUGAAGCUCUCWGUGCGUCUCGGGACUCCAAGGAUGAAACGGGCGACGAGCUUUCAUCGCCCAUGCAGGACGGGGACAUGGCGAUGACCCAGCGGCGGCGGUUCACCCGGGUGGAGAUGGCCCGAGUGCUGAUGGAGAGGAACCAGUACAAGGAGAGACUGAUGGAGCUGCAGGAAGCUGUGAGGUGGACCGAGAUGAUUCGAGCAUCCAGGGAGAGUCCUCCAAUCCAAGAGAAAAAGAAAUCCACCAUCUGGCAGUUCUUCGCCCGUCUCUUCAGCUCGUCCUCCAGCCCGCCGCCCGUCAAGCGGCCGUACUACAGCGUCAACAUCCACUACAAGUCCCCGUCGCCGGCUCUGACUCAGCGCCGCAGCCACACCAUGUGUCAGAUCUCCACCUCCAACCGCACGCUGGAGUUCUUCCCUGAAGAACUGGCGAGUAACGGUGUUGCGUCUCUCCUCAGUGACUCGGCGCUGCUGGCCCGCCGAGAGCAGCGGCGGGAGCAGUACAGGCAGGUGCGCGAGCACAUGCGCCGCGACGACGGCAUCAUGCAGGCCUGUGGCUGGAGCGUGCCGUCUCGAUUCAAACAGACUGGAGGUCAGACGGACAGCGCUAAGGACAACCCGCUGAAGAGACAACAGACCAAUGACAAGGAAGAUAACCGCAUGAAGAACGUUCCUGUCCCAGUGUACUGUCGCCCCCUGGUGGAGAAAGACCCCAACAGGAAGUUAUGGUGUGCAGCAGGAGUGGACCUGACCGGAUGGAGGGCCAGCAGCCAGGAGGUGGCACCCACCAAAGCAGCGUCAGGCGUCAGCGACCCCCUGCAGGCUGAGGAGGACAAAAAGACCAGCCACACGUCCCCCGAGAAGAAAAAGACAAAGGAGCUGCAGGAAACGGACAGCAUGAACAGUCGCGUGUGGAUCCUCACCAGCACCCACUCCGCCAGCAAGGUGGUCAUCAUCGAYGCCAACCAGCCGGGUUCGCUCGUCGACCAGUUCAACGUCUGCAACGCCCACGUGCUCUGCAUCUCCAGCGUGCCGGCUGCCAGUGAGAGCGAUUACCCAGCAGGAGAAAUCGUGUUGGAUCCGAGCGACGGCGGUUCUGGAGGCGGGGAGGACACCGGUGGGGUAGAGGGCAUGUUGGCGGGCAUCACGCUCGUCGGCUGCGCCACGAACUGCAGCGUGGCCCGGAGCAACUGCUCCUCCCGCACCGACACGCCCGUCGUAGACAGRGGACAAGCUCCCACGGCUCCCCCYUCCAGUGGGAAAAUGCACCCCGCCCAGUCGGCAGAGGAAGCAACAGAGGCAACAGAAGUUCCAGAAACAACGCCAAACCACACGGAAAUGAGAUCCGGACCGCCGGGRCCCUUUACGGAGCACGUCUUCACCGAUCCUCAGCCUCGUCCGGCAGACUCCUUUGACAGGAGCACGGGUCAGUCCAAACAAGAAGCCUCUCAGCCCACGGAGUYAGAAGAUGGAGGCGAGGAGACCAGAAACUACACCAGCGUGGCCCCCACCAUGUGGCUCGGGGCCCAGAAUGGCUGGCUUUACGUCCACUCAGCGGUUGGAAACUGGAAGAAGUGUCUUCACUCCAUCAAACUCAAAGACUCGGUGCUCAGUCUGGUGCACGUGAAAGGUCGAGUUCUGGUCGCUCUCGCUGAUGGGACGCUCGCCAUAUUUCACAGAUCAGAAGAUGGUCAGUGGGAUCUGUCCAACUACCACCUCAUGGACCUCGGUCGGCCUCAUCACUCCAUCCGCUGCAUGGCCGUCGUCCAUGAUAAGGUGUGGUGCGGCUACAAGAACAAGAUUCAUGUCAUUCAGCCCAAAAGCAUGCAGAUUGAGAAGUCCUUCGACGCCCACCCUCGCAGGGAGAGCCAGGUGAGGCAGCUGGCGUGGAUCGGCGACGGCGUGUGGGUGUCCAUCCGGCUGGAUUCAACUCUGCGACUGUACCACGCGCACACACACCAGCACCUCCAGGACGUCGACAUCGAACCGUACGUCAGCAAAAUGUUGGGUACGGGCAAGCUGGGCUUCUCUUUUGUCCGGAUCACGGCCCUCCUUAUUGGUGGAAAUCGUCUCUGGGUGGGAACGGGAAAUGGUGUGAUCAUCUCCAUCCCUCUGACAGAGACGGUGGUCCUUCACCGGGGACAGCUCCUGGGUUUGAGGGCCAAUAAGGUGUCCCCUACGUCCUCCGGGGGUGUGAUCCACGUGUACGGCGACGACGGCUCUGAGAAGAGCGGCGGCAGCUUCAUCCCUUACUGCUCCAUGGCGCAGGCCCAGUUGUGCUUCCACGGACACCGCGACGCCGUCAAGUUCUUCGUCUCUGUGCCGGGUAAUGUUCUGGCCACCCUGAAUGGCAGCGUUCUGGACAGCCCGUCAGAAGGACAGAGCUCCACGGCCCCGACAGAGACGGAGGCGCAGAGUGUUCACAACGUGUUGGUGCUGAGUGGAGGAGAGGGAUACAUCGACUUCCGUAUAGGUGACGGAGAAGACGAUGAGACGGAGGAAGGAGAAAGCACGGGUGAGGCUUCGCAGAUGAAACCUGCUUUGAGCAAAGCCGAGCGAAGCCACAUCAUCGUCUGGCAGGUGUCGUACGUACCCGAGUGACGACCCGAAACUGACAUCGCUUUCAAGAAAUCUCAUUUUUAUCGACGCUUCCAGCCAUCCCAAACCUUGUAAUAAUUUCGGGUUGUAUAAAAGUAUCUCUUUGGCUGUGAAACCCUUCGAGCCUUGCACCGUUCCUUGUAACUAUUAUACCUUCUGUCCCGUCGCCUCUUACCGUCUGUAAAUGACCUCCUGUGUUUAUCUGCCUGCCUUCCUGUGUCUUGCCCCGCGCAGGAAACUGUAACUAUCAUGUAACCCAGCCUCAUUAUAACUACCUCCCUCGCCUGCAUUUAUCUUAUACUCGCCUCGUAAGCACACUCCGUCGUACACCAAAUGUAAAAAGCUGAAAGAUCAGCAAGUACAGCAACUCCAAAAAUCUGUUAAGUCUCACGAUCUUUCCCGCCACCUCUCCCUUGUUUAGGAGUCUCCGCUCAGAACGUGUUGCAUCGGCAUGUUUUUACAAACACGAGGUGCAUUUACAGCAUUCAAGGGUCAGAGCUCAUCCAUAUCCACUCAAAGGGGGCUGAGCUCAGUGUUUUCCAAACUUCAUUUAGUAAAAUAAUCCCUCCCUGAACAGCUGUUGAGCAGACGCAGGUGAACGAUGGCAUGUUGUUACUUUAUGUACAGAGAUUCCUCUCGRUUCAGUAUGGAAAUCUGUGCAUUGAUCUCUAUCUGUGGAUUAAAUAUUAAACAUAUUUGUGAGCUGA